AUGUACGAAUUUGAAACGCCCAUGCGAGACAUGAUCAACAAAGUUCGCCUCACCUUCAACACCCACAAUCCUUCCGAGCCUCUUCCCAUGAUUCGGAUCGAUUUAGAAUUAAUAUCUUCACAAAUUCAAAGUUAUUUCGAGAUGGAAGAUAAUGAAGAUGAAAAGUCUGCAUUUGCAGUCUAUCUGGCAGAGUUAAUUUCUCUCAUUCCAUACGGAUAUCCUGUUGUUGCUACAUUGAUGAUUAGUCUUGGUGCUCUUGUCGAGGCAGGAGCCACUUUGAAUGAAACUGCUAUUGGUUAUUUUGUGGCCUCUUUUGUUGGUUUGCUGAUCGAAUUGUGUCCACAAUAUUUGAAAAUUAAAAAGAAAUGCAACUCUUCAAAGGUGUCAGAACAUGUCAAGCAAAUAUUGGAGGCUCAAUGUGAGUCUAUGAGUGAAGGUAUUGAUAAGGUAGAAAAAUCAGUUGUCUGUAUUACAAGUCGAUAUGCCUUGGCACGAGAAUUAAUGAGACAACAUGCAAACUUUCCAGAAUUGCAAGAUCUCAUGACGAAAUUAAGAUUUGAAUUUAAAUUUCUAUUUUUUGCUACACAUUUACUUCAUGAUGAACCACUCCUUAUUAUUCAUCCAAUUGAGAAAUGGGGCGUAAGAGCUAAAAUUUCAUGCAUUAUUUCGAAUUGGAUAUUGCACAUGGCAACUGCGUAUUUUCUAAAACAACAAUUCCCUUCUCUUUCUAUUCGAGCACCGCGACUCGAACAAGUUGAAUACUUGCUUGGACAAAACCCCAGAGCAAAAGGAUCCAUGUAUUGGGUUUUUGAAAUGUAUAAUUGGACAGCAUUGGAUUCUCUUCCCUCUAGUGAUGACGAUGAGGAAGGUGAAAAAUAUUUCAACAAGGGACUCGACCACAAAAUUUGGGCUGAAGGCAUUCCAGAGGAUAUUACCAAAUUUGAAGGCAUUCGAGUAAUAUUGUUGGGUCCAUUGCAAUACCAAAGAAGUUGUAAUUUAACCACAGAUUUUAGUGCUCAAAAAGCUUCUUUUGAAAUUGAACAACAGCUGUCUAAAGAUGAAAUUGAAACUCUUUUAACCAAGAUGGUGAAUGUUAGCAAGGAAGAAAAAAGAAGAAUUUUGGAAGAAAGAAGCUUGGAAACUGGUGUUGCUUUGGUUGAUAAUGAUUUAUGUGACUGA